GUGUACAGGAUAUCCAUCGUUCCUUCUUUUGCAAGUACUAUAUUUUCUGUCAUUCAAUAUCAAAAAGAGAGAUAUUGUUAAUCAAAAUUAGCAAAACUGACGGCGGCACGGGCAAAAUCUCAGCAAAAUUAAUAAAAAUGGCGGAUAAACAACGUGCAGAACGAAAGCACUUUAAAAAAGGUAAACACGGAAAUCCACAUGCUAAGAGAGGAAAAUAUUUUCACAGUAAAAAUGAAUAUCGCACAAGAGAGUGGAGAGAAAUUAAAUCAAAGACUGAUCAAUGCAAAGAAAAGAUAAAUUGUGAGGAUAUUGGGACCUUUUCAGAUUUACCAAUAUCUGAGCGAACUGUAAAAGGUCUUAUUGAAGUUGGCUUUACAAAACCAACUGAAAUACAAAAGGAUGGCAUUGCAUUAGCGUUGAGAGGAUUAGACGUUCUCGGGGCAGCCAAGACUGGUUCUGGAAAAACACUUGCAUUUUUAAUUCCAGUUUUAGAACUGUUAUGGCGUGACAAGUGGUCUAAUGAUGAUGGCCUUGGAGCUCUUAUUAUAUCGCCAACUAGGGAACUGGCACUACAAACAUAUGAGGUUUUACGCAAAGUUGGAAAAUUCCACGACUUUUCUGCUGGUCUCAUCAUUGGAGGAAAGGACAUAGAUGAAGAAAAGGGACGUAUUUUGAAUACAAAUAUAGUUAUAUGCACCCCUGGAAGAUUGCUGCAGCACUUUGAUGAAACACCAAACUUUCAAUGCAAUGACUUAAAAAUUUUAGUUUUAGAUGAAGCUGAUCGCAUACUUGAUCUAGGUUUCUCUAAUACAAUGAAUGGCAUUAUCGAAAACUUACCUGAAGUUCGACAAACUUUGUUAUUCUCUGCAACUCAAACAAAAUCUGUUCGAGAUUUGGCUAGACUGAGUUUAAACAAACCUGAGUAUAUAUCUGUGCAUGAAAACUCAAAGUAUAGCACACCUAAAAAAUUAGUACAGAGCUACGUCAUUUUGGAAUUGAAAGACAAAAUCAAUUUUCUGUUUUCUUUUAUCAAAAAUCAUUUAAAAUCAAAAUGUAUAGUUUUUGUUUCUAGCUGCAAACAGGUCAAAUUUUUGUAUGAAGUCUUUCGUAAAGUUCGUCCUGGUAUACCUUUGAUGGCACUGUAUGGCAAACAAAAACAGCUAAAACGGGUUGCAAUCUACAAUCGAUUUUGUGGCACUAAACAUGCGUUACUAUUUGCGACAGAUAUUGCUGCUCGUGGUUUAGAUUUUCCUGCGGUAAAUUGGGUGAUACAGUUUGAUUGUCCAGAGAGUGUUGAUACUUAUAUUCAUAGAGCUGGUAGAACUGCAAGAUAUGAAAAAGGUGGACAAGCAUUACUUAUGCUGUUAUCAUCAGAAGCAUUAAUUGUCUCGAAAUUAGAAGAAAGAAAAAUACCUGUGCAUGAGAUAAAACCCAAUCCGAAAAAGAUACGGUCCAUUGAAGGCAAGUUACAGGCAUUUUGUGCGCAAGAUCAAGAUAUUAAACAUUGGGCUCAACGGAGUAUUAUUUCAUAUGCUCGAUCUGUUUACUUACAAGCUGAUAAAAGUAUAUUUGAUGUAAAUCAACUGAAAUUAGAUGCGUUUGCAAGGUCAUGUGGGUUGCUUGCACCACCCAAAGUUAGAUUUAUGAAGAAAAUUGCAAAGAGAAUUGGACCAUCCACUGUUAGCUCAUCUCUCAGUGGUAAAUUUGAACAAAAGCUUGGAAUUGAAGGGCUUGAACAGUCUAAAACUGACAGCAAAGUCGACACAGAUAGCGAUAACAUUAACGUAAAUGAUGACGAUAGUGAAGAAGGCGAUGUUUUAGUUAUGAAAACUUCAAAUUUUAAUCAUGAUGACCUUGAUGAUGUGGAUGAGAAAAAGGAAAUUACAAUGCAAAGAAAAAAGAAAGUGUCAAAAACAGCACUUGCUAAAAUAUUACGGAAGAAUAUAAAAGUCAAUUCAAAAAUUACAUUUGAUGAGGACGGCAAGGACAUUGCCCAAAAAAGUGAUGAUGAAGAUUUAUCAGAUGUAUUAUCUACCGAAUAUAGUGGCAUUGAUGUUGAAAAAGCAAAAGCGCAUAUGAAAACACAAGAUCGUAUUGAUCGAGAAAAGGAAAGGAAAAGAAUUAAAGAGAAGCAUAGAGAACUCAAGAGAAAGGAGAGAGAGGAAAGACAAGCAGACAGUGCUGGUCAUACUGUUACAUUAGGUUAUCGAGAUGGAGAUGCAGAAAAUGAAAGAUACGAGGUUGAAGAUGAAGACGAGAAUGAUAAUAUGGGUAGCAACAUACAAAAAAGGAACAGCGUACCUCCAAAAAAGAAACAAAGGUGUGAUGAGACAGUAAAUGCAAAAAAGAAUGAGGAUAAUGUACAUGGAGCAAGUGCAAGUCUACAUGAAGAUGAAGAGUUAGCCUUGCAUUUGUUGGGUGCAUCAUAAUUUAUGACAAUUAGUUUUGUACAAAAUUCAUGUAAUACAAUAAAUUACUUUUUUGUAAA